AGGCCAGGAGCUGAGUGGGAUGAUAACAGGAGACCAGGGCCAUUCAAGGGGAGCACUGUCUCUAAGUGGAUCCCCUGCUAAGGAGGUGUGGAGUAUCUGGGGAAGUUAGGAAGGGUUUUCACGAUGAAUCCAAGGGGGAGCUCCAGAGCUGGCUUCUAUGAGAAAUUUUUAAGGAUGAGGAAAGUGUGAUGGGCCUGAUUGUAGAAAGAAGGUGCCAUCAUGCGGGUUUCAAGUCAUCCAGAGCAGGGUGGAAGUGAACUGAACUCUGAUGACGAAUUCCUUGGGCUUCCUUUGCUGACUUCGCCACCUCAGUUUAUCGCCGGACAUUUGGAAGAUUUGGAAGAUGCCCUCCUGUGUCCUGACCUUCCACCUGCCUACCACACUGAUGACAGCGAAGACCACAGCAGUGAGGACAGUGAGGGUGGCCAUUCUGAUGACAGCAAUGACAAGCAUGGCAGCAGGCAUGAUGACAGUGACUAUCACAGCCAGGAUGAUCACACCAAUGAUGUCUACAGCAAAGGCUAUGUCAAACUGCAAGAACAAGGAAUGUGCACAGCUUGCUGUCACCUUUGCAAUAUGCAAACUAAGUGGGAACUCAGCCACAGAAAAGCCACAGAGAGAAGAGGAAAGGCUGUAGAAAUGAAAGCAAAGGAGCUAGAAGUGUACCACGAGUGUGAAGCAAGAUGUCAAUGGAAAGAUCGUGAAGCAUUAUUUUCAGGCUCUGUUUUUCAUGAAGGGGUCACCAUGUCAGUGUCGGGUCUCCCAGAGAGCAGUGGACAGGACACGAGUUCUGAUGAAGGAGGCCUCAUGUCCCCCCAGUUUGUGCCAGGACAAUUGGAAGAUUUGGAAGAUGCCCUUCUGUGUCCCAAGCUCCAACCUGAUGUGGACAUGGAUAUGGAAGAAGAGGGAUUUGCUUUGCUGGAUGCGUGGAGUUAGAGCUGUGUUCCAGCUGCAGUUCCUUGCCUGACUUUUGCCUUUGUGAGUUGAGCUGGGGGACACUUGCUGCCAUGUUGCAAUGUCUGGAGGAAACCCCAGGCAGCCAACAUGCACUCAGAUUCUAGAGGCUGCCAGUGACCAGUAGAGACAACAGUGAAGUCAUUUUGGACAUAGCAUGUAGGGCUUUCCUCAGAUUCACUCCUUCUUUCUCUCCACCUUUCCUUCUUCCCUAGUUGGGGGCUGAAUGGAAGAGAAGCCCAUCACACCAGGGAAGCAAGGAUCACCACACCUGCCUUCCCUGUCCUAUCUUGAGGCAAGGUUUAAGGCCAUGAAAAAGUCAAGGAAAUCCCAAGAACCUCUUCCAUCCCACCAAACAACAAAACCAAGAAAUGCCCAUGUAUGCAAAUUUAUACAGAAAAGUCCAUCCCCUAAAGAAGAGAUAACAGAAGACACCCAGAUCCUUUCACUUUGCAGAGUGGGAAGGUUCUUGGUCAUGCUAUUUUGCAGAUCUUGUUGAUAUGUCCAUCAGUUUUACUCACUUUUCUCUUCCCCUUUCAUGCUUUUGAUCAAAAUCAUUUGUUACCUGAGCUGGCUGUCUGGGAGAGAAGGAGGGAGGAGUGGGGGAAUAGUGGUUGAAGUUCUGGUGAUGGACAAA